AGUCUCAGCACUUUACGCUUGAUUGCGCGUCCUCGGUCACCACUGAGAGGGGCAAACGGGAGUUGGGGCGUAACCUCGCGAUACUCCACUCCCUCUUUCCAACUCUCUCUCUCUUUCUCCCUCUCUGUGGCUGUUUCCGCGUCCAGGGGGCGAUCAAGCGGCGGGGAUGAUGGGAGUCCGACCGGUCAGCGCUGCCAUCGCACACACACACUCACCGAGACGCAGCAAACACUCCAUCUGACGGCUCAACUUCCUCCUGUCAUUUCUACUGAAGAAAACAACAAAAGCAACAGCUGGAGACUUUUAUCUGGAGACGCGCGCUCUUGUUAAGUAUCACACUUGAUUGAGGAUGAGACAAAAAUCCAUUUCCACAUCUUGAAGCGAAGGAGCUGCUGUUUCUGGAUUAAAAGUGGAACCAGAGAAAAGGUGGAGCUGCUCCCGGAGGAUUAAAAAGCACCUGGAGUUGGGGAAGAUGCGCGAGGAAGCGGAGCAGACGGAGUGAGAGCCCGGUGCGCACUUCCCACUCCCCGGCUGGACUGACGCGCUACAGUCGGCUCAGAGGGGGACACUCCAGUGCGCUCUUUCCUCUCCUCAUUUAUUUUAUCACCACUUCUUUUCUGCUGGGAUUAAAAAACAAAAACGAACAAAAAAACAAAACAGAAACAAGCUUCACCUCCUUCAUCUUCCUCCCUGAUUUUUUUUAUCUUUUUUCUACAAACACUUUUCUUUCGCCUCCGCUCAUGGAUCCGCCACUUCGCGCCUCGUCUCCGGAUGGGAUCCGGCAGCAGUGAGCGGGACGCGGCGCAGCGGUGAUGGUUUGACCCGAAGCGAGAUUAAAAACCCGCAAUUUUCAACGCAGGAGUUUCACAUCUGGUAUACUGGGCCAGUCAGCAGCAGGAUCAGGAUGAGAAGAUGGCUGGCUGUGUGUUUCCAAUGGGACCAGAGAGCUUUCAGCGCUUCACGCCGGACUCCCUGGCGGCCAUCGAGCAGCGCAUUUCCCAGGAGAAUGCCCGACUCAACAAACACUACCAGGAGGACCUGGGCGACGUGGAGCUCCCCCGGCCCCGGCCUGACCUGGAGGCAGGAAAACAGCUGCCCCGCAUCUUCGCCGACAUCCCAUCUCAUCUGGUGGGUGUUCCCCUGGAAGACAUCGACCCGUACUACUUCAAAAACCAGAGGACUUUCAUAGUCCUGAACAAAGGGAAGGCCAUCUUCCGUUUCAGUGCCACAUCAGCUCUCUACAUCUUCAGCCCUUUUCACCCCAUUCGCAGAAUCGCCAUCAAGAUCCUGGUCCACUCGUUAUUCAGUUUGUUCAUCAUGUGCACCAUCCUCACCAACUGCUGCUUCAUGGCCAUGUCGGAGCCAGCGUACUGGGCCAAAUACCUGGAGUAUACCUUCACGGGGAUCUAUACGUUUGAGUCUCUCAUUAAGAUCCUGGCGAGGGGUUUCUGUGUGGGGCCCUUCACCUUCCUCAGGGACCCCUGGAACUGGCUCGACUUCAGCGUCAUCGUCAUGGCGCUGUUAACAGAGUUUAUCAAAGUAGGGAACCUGCAGGCGCUGAGAACCUUUAGAGUGCUGAGGGCCCUGAAAACUAUCUCAGUCAUCCCAGGCCUGAAGACCAUCGUGGGGGCUCUGAUUCAGUCGGUGAAGAAACUGGCCGACGUGAUGAUCCUCACCGUGUUUUGCCUGAGCGUCUUCGCCCUCAUCGGCCUCCAGCUCUUCAUGGGAAACCUGCGGCAGAAAUGCGUCCGGAGCACGUUGCACUGCAUCAACGACACCCUGCUGCCCAACACCACCUUCUACUGCAACAACAAGACCUGGUCGUCCCUGGAAGACUUCAUCAAUAACGAAGACAACUUCUACAAAGUGGAGGGAGCUAAGGACGCCUUAAUCUGUGGGCACAGCAGCGACGCAGGGAAGUGUCCAGAUGGGUUUGAAUGUCUGAAGGCAGGAAGGAACCCAAACUACGGCUACACCAGCUUUGACACCUUCGGAUGGGCCUUUCUGUCCCUGUUCCGUCUGAUGACACAAGACUACUGGGAAAACCUCUACCACCAGACGCUGCGUUCGGCCGGUAAGACCUACAUGGUGUUCUUUGUGGUGGUGAUCUUCCUGGGCUCCUUUUACCUGGUCAACCUGAUCCUCGCCGUGGUCGCCAUGGCGUACGAGGAGCAGAACCAGGCAACCAUCGCCGAGGCCUGUCAGAAAGAGCGUGAGUUCCAGCAGGCGAUGGAGAGGCUGAAGAAAGAGCAGCAGUUUGCCGUCCAGAAAACUCUGGACUCUGACUCGUUGAUGUCACCUGACCUGUCCCCCUGCGGGCCGCCAUUAGACAGCUUAGAGGAGAGGAGGCGGAGUCAGGCGCUGGUGGGUGUGGCCGACGUGGAGGGGAACCUAUCGGAGGAGAAGCUGCUGCAGGUGGACAUGAUGGACGGAGGGAAGGCGCCGCACCCCCUCCUCGCCCGGUCCUUCUCCACCAGGACUCGGCGAAGCAGUCAGGUCUCCUCCAUCUUCAACUUCCGCCUGAGGAGCCGCGGCUCGGAGGGGGAGAUGGCUGACGACGAGUACAGCGUCCCGGACGACGUGGUGGAGGGCGUCGGGGGCCGGACCUACAGCGGGGGAACCUUCAGCGGGAUCCUGCCCAACCCCUGGUCCAAGCGGCGCCUCAGCACCUACAGCACGGCCAGCAGGAGCUCCCAGGUUUUCUAUCCGACCCUCAACAUCAACGGGAAGCUGUUUGUUGCCAUGGACCAGAACGGGGUCUCCCCGCCGCCGCUGCAGGGGCAGCUGCCUGCCUGCACCAUGGAGAAGGUCAAGGAGGAGAGUGUGCCGACGUCCACCACCGAGCUCAGUACGAUGCUGCUUCCUCGGCCUUCGUCCACUCAGGGCUCGGAGCAGAGAGGGAGGGCGCUGAGCGCCGCCAGCUACCUCACCGACGCCAUGGAAGAGCUGGAGGAGGCCCAUAAGAAGUGCCACCCCUGCUGGUACGUGUUCGCCCACCACUACCUGGUGUGGGAGUGCUCCCCCUUCUGGCUGAGGGUCAAGCAGCUGGUGAAGAUCAUGGUGAUGGACCCGUUCCUGGACCUGGCCAUCACCGUCUGCAUCGUCCUCAACACGCUCUUCAUGGCCAUGGAGCACUACCCCAUGACCGACGAGUUCAACGGCAUGCUCACCAUCGGAAACCUGGUUUUCUCUGGGAUUUUCACGGCCGAGAUGGUUUUGAAGAUCAUCGCCCUGGAUCCGUACUACUACUUCCAGACCGGCUGGAACAUCUUCGACAGCAUCAUCGUGUGCCUCAGCCUCAUGGAGCUCGGCCUGUCCGAUGUGGAAGGACUCAGCGUCUUACGCUCCUUCAGACUGCUCCGCGUCUUCAAACUUGCUCGCUCAUGGCCGACUCUCAACACCCUGAUCAAGAUCAUCGGGAACUCGAUGGGCGCUCUGGGGAACCUGACGCUCGUCCUCGCCAUCAUCGUCUUCAUCUUCGCCGUGGUCGGGAUGCAGCUGUUUGGGAAAAACUACACGGACUGUGUGUGUAAGAUCUCCAAGGACUGUGUUCUCCCACGCUGGCACAUGAAGGACUUCUUCCACUCCUUCCUCAUCGUCUUCAGGGUUCUGUGUGGCGAGUGGAUCGAGACCAUGUGGGACUGCAUGGAGGUCGCGGGGCAGCCGCUGUGCAUCCUCGUCUUCAUGCUGGUCAUGGUGAUUGGGAAUCUGGUGCUGCUGAACCUCUUCCUGGCUCUGCUCCUCAGCAGUUUCAGCUCCGACAACCUCUCGGCUCCGGACGACGACGGUGAGAUGAACAACCUGCACAUCGCCAUCCACCGGAUCACCAGGGGCCUGGGCUGGUGUCGGAGACAGGUGGUGGAUUUCUUUAAUGGGAACCUGAAGCGACGGCGGCAGAAACGAAAGGAGGCCAAAGCCAUGAUGAAGCUGAAACGCCUGAGCACCGUACACACCGAGGCCAAUGGAGCCGUCAUAGGCCGCCAUGUGGAGAAGUACGUGGUGCCGGAGGACGACAGCUACAUGACGAACCCCAACCUGACCAUCAGCGUCCCCAUCGCGCCCGGAGAGUCGGACGUGGAGUUCCCCGAGGAGGAGGAGGAGGAGGAGGAGGAGGGGGAGGAGGAGCAGAGCGAGGGCUCGGACGGCGUGGACGAGGGAGACGAGGAGAGAGAGGAGCAGAAAGAUGACAUAAGCCUAUCGGAGGGCAGCACGGUGGACCUGAGGAAGCCCGGAGAGGAGGAAGAUGAGUACUCGGAGAUGGCUGAAGAGGCCAUGGACCCUGACAACUGCUUCCCAGACAUGUGCGUCGCCAGGUUUCACUGCUGCGACAUCGACACGACUGCAGGUCUGGGUCAGAUCUGGUGGAGGCUGAGAAAGACCUGUUACCAGAUCGUGGAGCACAGCUGGUUCGAGUCCUUCAUCAUCUUCAUGAUCCUGCUCAGCUCCGGAGCGCUGGCCUUUGAGGACAUCUACAUCGAGCAGAGGAAGGUGAUCAAGGUUGUGCUCGAAUACGCCGACAAGAUUUUCACCUACAUCUUCAUCCUGGAAAUGAUUCUGAAGUGGCUCGCCUACGGCUUCAAGAAGUACUUCACCAACUACUGGUGCUGGCUCGACUUCCUCAUCGUUGAUGUGUCAUUGGUCAGUUUGGUGGCCAACACGUUGGGUUAUUCAGACUUUGCAGCCAUCAAGUCCCUGCGGACGCUUCGCGCCCUGCGGCCCCUCAGAGCCCUCUCCAGAUUUGAAGGCAUGAGGGUGGUGGUGAACGCUCUGAUCGGGGCCAUUCCCUCCAUCAUGAACGUGCUGCUCGUCUGCCUCAUCUUCUGGCUCAUCUUCAGCAUCAUGGGCGUCAACCUGUUCGCCGGGAAGUUCGGCCGCUGCCUGAACCGCGCCGGCUACGUCUACGAAGCCUCCGAGGUCAACAACAAGUCCCAGUGUGAGUCGUACAACGACACGUCGCAGUACUACUGGGGCAAGGUGAAGGUCAACUUCGACAACGUGGGCGCCGGGUACCUGGCUCUGCUGCAGGUGGCGACGUUUAAAGGCUGGAUGGACAUCAUGUACGCAGCCGUGGACUCCAGAGCUGUUGAGGAGCAGCCGAUCAAAGAGAUCAACCUGUACAUGUACCUGUACUUCGUCAUCUUCAUCAUCUUCGGCUCCUUCUUCACACUCAACCUGUUCAUCGGUGUCAUCAUUGAUAACUUCAACCAGCAGAAGAGAAAGUUAGGAGGACAGGACAUCUUCAUGACAGAGGAGCAGAAGAAGUACUACAACGCCAUGAAGAAGCUGGGCUCCAAGAAGCCGCAGAAGCCCAUCCCCAGACCUCUGAACACUCUGCAGGGCUUCUUCUUCGACCUGGUGGGGAAGCAGGCGUUCGACAUCAUCAUCAUGGUGCUGAUCCUCUUCAACAUGAUCACCAUGAUGGUGGAAACGGACGAGCAGUCGCCCCAGAUGGAGUACAUCCUGUACAACGUCAACGUGGCCUUCAUCGUCGUCUUCACCAUCGAGUGCCUCAUCAAGAUCAUGGCGCUGCGCUGCUACUUCUUCACCGUCGGCUGGAACAUCUUCGACUUCGUGGUCGUCAUCCUUUCCAUCGUCGGGAUCGUUCUCGCUGACAUCAUUGAGAAGUACUUUGUGUCGCCCACGCUGUUCAGAGUGAUACGAUUGGCUCGUAUCGGACGCAUUCUCCGUCUCAUCAGAGGCGCCAAGGGCAUCCGGACGUUACUGUUUGCCCUCAUGAUGUCGCUUCCUGCCCUCUUCAACAUCGGACUCCUCCUCUUCCUCGUCAUGUUCAUCUACGCCAUCUUCGGCAUGGCCAACUUCGCCUACGUGAAGCGGCAGGCGGGGAUCGACGACAUGUUCAACUUUGAGACAUUUGGAAACAGUAUGAUCUGUCUGUUCCAGAUCACCACCUCCGCCGGGUGGGACAGUCUGCUCAGCCCCAUCCUCAACAACUCGCCCGAGGAGUGCAACCCCAACAUCCCCCACACCGGCACCACCGUCAGGGGCAACUGUGGGAACCCGUCCGUGGGCAUCACCUUCUUCGUCACCUACAUCAUCAUCUCCUUCCUCAUCGUGGUGAACAUGUACAUCGCCAUCAUCCUGGAGAACUUCAGCGUGGCCACCGAGGAGAGCACGGAGCCGCUGAGCGAGGACGACUUCGAGAUGUUCUACGAGGUCUGGGAGAAGUUCGACCCCGAGGCCACGCAGUUCAUCGAGUACGCCAAGCUGUCCGACUUCGCCGACUCGCUGUCGGAGCCGCUGCGCAUCGCCAAGCCCAACAAGAUCAAACUCAUCUCCAUGGACCUGCCCAUGGUCAGCGGGGAUAAGAUCCACUGCCUGGACAUCCUCUUCGCCUUCACCAAACGCGUCCUGGGGGAGUCGGGGGAGAUGGACGCCCUCAAGCAGCAGAUGGAGGAGAAGUUCAUGAUGGCCAACCCGUCCAAGAUUUCCUACGAGCCCAUCACCACGACUCUGAGGCGCAAACAGGAAGAAGUGUCGGCCACCGUCAUCCAGAGGUGUUACCGGAGACACCUGGUGAGGCGGCAGCUGAAGGCCGCCUCCUACCUGUACCGGCAGAUCACCACGCCGCGGCACGCCGGCGGGGAGGACGGCGAGGAGGGCGAGGGGAUGUCUGAGGAGAACGCGCCGGAGAAAGAAGGCCUGAUCGCCACCAUGAUGCGGGAGAACUACGGCUCCAGCCUGUUGGCGAUGGAGCGCUCCGAGACCAUUUCCUCCACCUCGUCUCCGCCGUCCUACGACAGCGUGACGCGAGCCACGUCCGACAUCUUUCACCCGCUCGCCGCCAACGCGGACACGGUCGCCGACACUGCAGAGAGCGUAGACAGCGAACAGUCGCCCUCCGCGCUCGCCCCCGACACACAGCAGGAAACAGCUCCAUAACGCAAAAGCAAAAAAAAUGUAACACACGAGGAUUUUCUCAUUGUGGGUUCAGCCUGUUUGUUCUUUUGUUCACUGAAUGUACGUAGCUGAGCUGAGCAACGCCAAGGCAGCGGCAGGAGGAAGAGGCGAGUAGGAACAAACAAAGUGGGAUAUUUACUACCUUUAACCUUAUUUCCUGUUCCCGCGGCGACUCCCAGACUUGACUGGGCGGAGUUUCUUAAAGGGAAACGGAAAAACUGGAGGGAGAAACCUCCGUCCGUCAAGGAAACUGCCUUUCUGACAGAAAGAAGAAGCGAACGUUUGGAACAAUGACGCUCGGAGGCGACAGAGCAACUAUAUCACAGAUGUAUCCAUCAUUUAUAGGCCUGGGGGGGGAUUCGUGCCCCCCCCACAGUUUGAUCAAUAUUCUCAGAGUUUGCUUGGGAUCCGGGUGGUGUUUCUCAACGGGCGACAGGAGAGAGAUUUAAAAAGAUGUUUUCGUAGUUAAAGUAUAACGUUGUUGAUGUUACCAGUCUUUUAAUAGCGGAACAAUUAUUACCAUUUUUUAUAUUUUUUAGAGUAAGUUGAAGAAAAAACAUAAGCAGUGUCUCUUAUUUGACCUUGGAGCGGCACUAACGAAGAAGAAGUGUCCGGACUAACGCGCUAUGAAAGACGAGAGAAGAAGGAAAACAAACACAAAAACAUUAGGAAACCAGAAAAGCAACUUCAUCCAUUUUUCUUUCUUUGUUUUGUUUUUUUUUUGCCAGUUUUGCACUUUUGAGUUUACAUGUGCCGUCACUUUACCGAGUCCGGGCAAAGGUGCACAGAGCAAGAGUCUGGGAAGAGUUCAUUUAUUGGACAAAACCAAAAACUAGUACGAGUGCAACAUUUUCCUCGUGAUCCCGAACUCUUCUGGCACCAGUUUUGCUUCGGCUGCGAACGUUCCCGCGGCCGUCGGUUCAUUCGUUCGUCUCAAAGUCCAGACUGAAAGUAGAAAACACUUUGAUGCGACGGCGCUGUGGCCGUGAUGCAUGAGGGAAACAUGAGGCUGAUAGAGUCUGGUGCAAACAAUACGAUCAAACUGACGUAACUGAGCAGACGUUUCAUUACAGCUGAGAUUCAUUAGACUCUAUCAGAGACGUUAACAGAAGAUCCACACAGCUGAUUAGAGACGUACGUUAGUGAUGUCUGGAUGAAUUAUCCGCUGUAAUUAACCAUCUGUCCGGUCUGAGUCCGGUCUGAGAUUUUAAACCUGAUCCUCGAAGCUUAACGUGCUUCAGGUGCUUCGAGGUGUUGAUCCAGACCAGCUCAGAACGUCAGCGUCAGGAUUUCACCCGUUUAGUUGAAAGAUUCAGUGUCCUGGAAAAAAUCUAGACUAAACUGAUCCUCUGCACAGAGACUGGAGGAAAUGUUCCUGACGUUCUUCUUUCCUGUUAAAGAACUUUAGGAUUUAGCUGAUUUAACUUGUUGUAAAAGGCUCAGUCAGUCACUAAUGUGGUAAUUUCUAACGGGUAAAUAAUGCAUGAACAUGAACAUGAACAUGAACAUGAACAUCAGCCGACUACAGGAAACUCUUCAGCUCAGAGUUGUUCGUUGUGCAGCUUUUUCCAGGACACUAGAAGCUUCUUCACUUCAGCUCAGUGACCAUUUGAAAUGUUUCGAAUACAGAUUUCACAUUCAGCACAUUUAAGAAAAGCCUUGGAAUUGAAAAACACGGCUUCAUAUAUUUAUUUAUUUAUUUAUUUAUUGGUUGACUCCUGGUUCUUUUUUAGUUUUUUUGCACGUUGUUGGCUGUGGAGGCCGGUGGAGGCUCUUUAUCUAUUUUGCACAGAGAAAUGAAGACAGACAAAAAAAAAGAAACGCGUCGAGCAAUAACGGUUUGCUGAUACCUUUUAAGUGAUUCUUAGGUAACGCUUGACUUUACCGAAGCUUCUUCUCACUGUUCUGUGGAAAGGCCACGAAGCCGCACUCUGAGCAUCGUCCCGAUGCAGCACUGACCGUGGGUUCGUGUGGAUUUCCAGGCAGAUUCGCUGACACGAAGCCGAUGCCUCUUGGUUUUUAUUCAGUGUCAAAGUGUGCGUGUACAGCAUUCGCUUCGAUCUCAAUAUUUUGAAACCUCUCUCUCUCCGUGUCUCUGUCGUCGUGGUCACCCGAGGGAACUUUACGAAAAAAGACAAAAAAAUCCCCAAAAAAAAAACGCUUUACUAGAAAAAAAAAAGGUUUUACUGGCACCGUCUGGACCCUAUUUCUACUAGAAUCUAUUGAGAAUAGAUAACAUACAAAUAGGAACAUACUUAAGACACUGCUGACUCUGCUGAGGCGUAUUUCAGGUUGCAGUUGUGCUUGAAGGGCUGUUUUCAGUAGCAAUAGACCCAGAGUGUGCCUGCUACACAUGAACCCUGCUCCAAGCCAUGCUCCCCUCUGAUUGGUUGGUUGGUUGGUUGGUUGGUUGGUUGGUUGGUUGGUUGAUUGAUUGAUUGGUUGAUUGAUUGAUUGGUUGAUUGAUUGAUUGAUUGAUUGAUUGAUUGAAGGACAGAUUGACUGAUUAUUUCAUUGGUUUAACGUUGGCCGGUCGGUUGAUGAACUGAUUCUUAUGCUUCAGUCUCCAGCAGCGUCGCCAGAUGGGAAACGACAAGUUAUGGUAUUUGGAGUCAAAAUACGACAACGCUUCAAAAUAAACUUUAAAUGAACUUUAAAUAAACUUUAAAUGAUCUUUAUAUGAACUUUAAAUGAACAAACAUCACCGUUGGUGUCGGCUAAUGUCCGUUUACUGAAGGUCUCAAAUUAUUAUUGAUGGUACAGAGGACGACGUUAUCGUACAAAUACAAUAAUUAUUGUCCGUCUGGUGACCUGCCCCCCCCCCCCCCACCCCCCCCCCCCACGCUGUGACUCCUCCUCCUCAUAUUCAUUGGAACAAACAGCACAGACAUGAGCAGCUCAGAGUGAUUCAGGAAGUUAUGGAUGUUUCAUCAUUAGUGGAGGAAGAAUUCAGCAUGAAUUCCUAAAUGUUAGUUUUUAUUGUUGGAACAUCUUUCUUCUCUGAUUCAGCUUCAAAUUGUGCGUAUUUCAAACAUCAUGGACGUAUUAGAAGGACUGAACCCGCUGAGCUUUAUUCUUUCUGUGUCAGACCAGGCCAGACGCUCGUCUCUGAUUGGCUGCUCAGCUUAAGACUCUUCUGCUUUUUCAAAUCAGAUCUACGAUGAUCUUCAACAGCAGCUGGAGGCAAAGACCCACUGGACCAUUAAAACGAGCCCUGACA